UUAACAGUUGUGUAUUUUCAUCCGAAAUAUCGAUUUUGAACGAAUAUGAAAGUGAUUAUUUUAUUGACCUUAGUGGCACUAACAGCUGCUCAACUGAACACCGUGCCUAUCGUCCGAAUCAUCAACGAAAUCAAUCCAGACGGCUCCUACAAUUAUGCCUACGAAACCGGAAAUCAAAUUUUUGCUGAAGAACAAGGUUCAUUAAAGAACCCGGACACAAUUGCUGCCAGGGGACAAUAUCAAUUCACUUCUCCCGAAGGACAAACCUUUAGGGUUGCAUACACGGCCGACGAAGAAGGAUUCAGGCCGCAAGGCGAACAUUUGCCAACCCCACCGCCAAUUCCGGAACAAAUCCUAAGAGCUUUGAGGUGGCAGGAGCAACACCCUGACAGCAACUGAAUGAAAUUACUACUAUACAUGUGUUUUUGUUAAGUUUGUUGUUAUUUGUGAUAUUAAAAUAUUACUUUUA